GUAUCUAUCUCACCUUUUUCAGGGUGUGUUUCAUUUUCAAAGAGUGCUACACGUUUAUAACAAUGAGCGAAAUAAAGCCAAGCGAUACGACUGACACUGUAGACAGCGGGGAGGAAAAAGACUGGGCCGCGGCCAAGGCUUUCUUUGACAACCUCAAAACAAACAAACCCAGACCUCCCAAACCCAGGAAUGCUGUUACCAUCGCAGUUUCCUCUCGCACCCUCUUCAACAUGGUGGCAGAGAGGAAGAUCUAUGAGGAGGAAGGAAUGGAGAAAUAUGUGGCUUAUCAGGUGGAACACGAGAACGAGCCCCUGAAGCCAGGAGUUGCUUUUCCCUUCGUUAAGGCGCUGAUGAAUGUCAACACUCGACUGAGGGAGCUCUACACAGAGAAUGAGGAGUUGUUUGACAUCGUCUUAAUGACUAACAACCAUGCCCAAGUUGGAGUGCGCCUCAUAAACAGCAUUAAUCACUACGAUUUGACCAUAGAGAGAUUCUGUAUGACUGGAGGAAAAAGUCCUACAGGCUACCUGAAGGCCUACAUGACAAAUCUUUACCUUUCUAAGGACUCAGACAAAGUCACAGAGGCCAUAGAAGAAGGCAUUGCAGCUGCCACAAUGUUUAUGCCCGAAAAGGAGAUUGAGCUGAGUGAAACUCAGCUGAGAGUGGCGUUUGAUGGCGAUGCCGUCCUCUUCUCAGACGAGUCAGAGAUCAUUGUGAAGCAACACGGCCUGGACACGUUCUUUGAGCACGAGAAGGAGUUUGAGAACAAACCUCUUGCUCAGGGUCCGUUAAAGUGUUUCCUGGAGGCUUUGGGGAAGCUCCAGAGAAGAUUCUAUGCCAAGAACCAGCGUAUGGAAUGUCCAAUCCGGACGUUCCUGGUUACAGCCCGCAGCGCUGCCAGCUCAGGAGCUCGUGUCCUGAAGACCCUCCGUAGCUGGGGCCUGGAAAUCGACGAGGCCCUCUUCCUGGCCGGAGCUCCUAAAGGGCCCCUCCUGGAGAAGAUAAAACCGCACAUCUUCUUCGACGACCAGAUGUUCCACAUUGAAGGGGCCAAGGAACUGGGAACCAUAGCAGCACACGUACCCUACGGGAUCGGACAGAAGUACCACAAGGGGAAACUCAUCGAGCAGCCCGCUAAAAAGGAGUGAGGGUAUAAUCUAAAAAUAGUUCAAAUAUUAAAUAUGCAUUACG